CGGAGUGACUCCGGCGUGUCCCGGCCCCGCCCGGCCACCCCCUCCGCCGACCAGCGAGCCCAGGGAAGGCAAGGAGCCUCCUCCCGCCCAGGGACCCCCUCCUGCCCCACGCCCGGCACCAUGUCUGCGGGAGGAGACUUCGGGAACCCCCUGCGGAAAUUCAAGCUGGUUUUUCUGGGGGAGCAGAGCGUUGGGAAGACGUCCCUUAUCACAAGGUUCAUGUACGACAGUUUUGACAACACGUAUCAGGCUACAAUCGGAAUCGACUUCUUAUCAAAAACCAUGUACUUGGAAGAUCGGACAGUCCGAUUGCAGCUCUGGGACACGGCGGGCCAGGAGAGGUUCCGAAGCCUGAUCCCCAGCUACAUUCGUGACUCAACAGUGGCCGUGGUUGUCUAUGACAUCACAAAUCUCAACUCCUUCCAGCAGACAUCCAAAUGGAUUGAUGAUGUCAGGACAGAAAGAGGAAGUGAUGUCAUCAUUAUGCUAGUGGGCAACAAGACGGACCUCGCAGACAAGAGGCAGAUUACAAUUGAAGAGGGAGAACAGAGAGCCAAAGAACUGAGCGUCAUGUUUAUCGAGACCAGUGCAAAGACAGGCUACAAUGUAAAACAGCUGUUCCGUCGUGUCGCAUCUGCACUGCCUGGCAUGGAGAGCGUUCAAGAGAAGAGCAAAGAAGGAAUGAUUGACAUCAAGUUGGACAAACCACAGGAUCCUCCAGCCAGUGAAGGCGGGUGUUCUUGCUAAUACAGAGCGCAGGAUUGGUCAGCUUCAUUUGAUACCACACGCUUGUUGUGUUGCUUCCUAUUGGUUAGCUUCCUAAAGAAACAAAUUGAGUUAUCAGAUGGGGGAGGAUUUUUUUUCUCUCUGUCUCUGGGGACGGGUGGGUGGGAAUGUUCAGAUCACGUCACUCUUAACAGCUGUUACUGAAACUUACUAUUUUUUUGGUUUGGUUGUAAUAUAUUGUACUUUAUUAAAAUUGCCAAAAACAGUUCAACAUUUAAAAAGGAAAGUUUAAAUCAUGUGUAUACAACUUUUUGCCAGAUGAAAAGUAGUGACUUUAGUUUUUUUGGAAGGAGGUUGGUCUUUUGUUUUUGUAUAUUUGUAAAGUUACAGAAAAACUCCCCAGAAUACUACAGUCUGGUUAGUUUCAGCAUCCGACAUAGGACAUCGCUAGUAGAAAACUAGUCCCUGAUUGGUUAAACAAAACAUUAACUGUACAGUAAAAGAUUUGACAGUAGAACAAAUCAUGCUGCAAAUAUACAAAAUAAGUGUGUGAUGUGAUAGCUCUAACUAUAUCUCCAUAUCGCCAUAUCUAGAUUUAGAGCAGGGGUGGGAAAACUAUGGCCCGCGGGCUGGAUCUGGCCCAUGAGCCGUUUUAAGCUGGUCCGCAAGCCGUACCCUGCAGCUUGGCCCCGCUCCGACCAGGGCGCUGGGUCGGGGGCCGGAUCACAUGGCUCGGCCCCACUCCGGCGCGCCAGCUGGGGUGCUGGGUCGGGGCCGCAUCACAUGGCUCAUCUCCACUCUGGCCGGGGCGCUGGGUCGGGGAUAAUACCAUGCGGCUCAGCCCUGCUCCAGUACUCCAGCCGGGGCACAGGGUCAGGGCUGCACCACGUGGUUUGGCCCUGCUCCGGCCGGGGCCUGCACCACACGGCUCCCGGAAGCCAUGGCAUGGCCCCACUCCGGCUCCUCUGUGCUCCAGUGGCCUCCUCCAGUGCUCCAAUUGGAACUGCAGGGGCGGUGCCUGUGGAUGGGGCAGCCUUCAGAGCCACCUGGCAGCACCUCUGCGUAAGAGCCAGAGAAGGGACAUGCCGCUGCUUCCAGGAGCCGCUUGAGGUAAGCGCACUCGGAGCCUGCACCUUUGAGCCUCUCCCCACGCCUCAACCCCCUCCCCCAGCCCUGAUCCCCCUCCCGGUCUCUAAACCCCUCAGUCCCAGCCCAGAGCACCCUCCUACACCCCAAACUCCUCAUCCCAGGCCCCACUCCAGAGCCUGCACUCCCUCCCACACCCCAACCCCAAUUCUGUGAACAUUCAUGGCCCGCCAUACAAUUGCUAUUCCCUGAUGUGGCGUUCAGGACAAAAAGUUUUCCCACCCUGAUUUAGAGAGAAAUAAACAGAGGGGGAAAUGUAUGAUGGGGGCGAUGUAAUGCACUUCUUAUCUCAUGUUUUAGGGGUGACUACCCAACUUCCAGAUGGUGAGACAGAGUGUUCAAUACGUGCAAGUCUCACUGUCAUGCAUUACACAGUAUUAUACCAUCCCAUAGGGGGUAUGUGCAGAACUACGGAUAUAGCAAUCAAUGUUUUUAAGAAUUUUUAGUUGCUAAUGUUGUAUGGCAUAGUUCUUGAAGUAUAAUGUACUGGUGUUUUUUUCCCCUCAUGGGUAUAGUAUAAGAGACACACACAUGCUAUAGUGAUUAUAUGGAAAAACUACAUUACUAUCACUUAAAAAGUAUGGUUGGCCCAUGGAAUUCCAUUCACCAUGGUUAACAGUGGCCACCAUUUUGCAUUCGCCCUGGAAUAGGAGUAAGUGCCUGCAAACAGUUGGUAUCCUUAUAAAAAAAAUCCUGUUCCUGUUGGAAAGCUCCUGUCUGAGCCUGAGCAAUAUUCAGAUGUGUUUCACUUUCAAUGGGGAUGGAGCACUAAGUGGCCACCCACUCUUCCAGCUCCAAAAUGGUGGCCAAAGUUUGGCCACUCCUGUAGAUCAGGAGCAAAAUAAUGUAGAUCACUGCAAAAUCAUAAAGUUUGUCCAGUGGGGCCACCACACUUUUCAGCUGACUGGCCCAUACAUGAUGGUUGCUCUUUAUUACGGAACAUUUUCUGUAUGAGUAAAGAAAAGCAGGUGGCUGAUGAAUCGUGGAGGGUGGAGGGAGGUCUUGGCUUCUAAAAAGGGAAGACUGUUUUGGUAACAUGGAUGUAAUUUUUGUAUUGUGUACACACAUUUUACAUAUAUAUAUAAAGCAUCCAUUCGCUCACACACAGGCGCAUGCACACACAUACGUACACACCCACCCACGCCAUAUAGAGUUUUUGUUUCACCCGCUGUUGUUAUGACAUGCAACUGCUUUAGACAACAGUUGUGGAAAAUGAAAUGUAUGGGAAUAAGAAGUUCUUGUUAUUGUCAAAUAACUUGUGAUUUGUCAUCUCAUCAAUAAAAUAACACAUAGAUGUGCGUUAGGCGAGAAAAAAAUGCACAUGGAAACAGCUCCACAUCCACUACAUCUGUAUAUGGGAGUUGUGCAGAUGCACACUCAGUGUAAACACACACACACACACACACACACACACACACACACACACACACACACAGAACAAUGGUGGUUGUCGAAAGAUUGCCUGUUACCUCACAGCAACUUAAACCAAUUCAGUGUCACUCGGGUUGCAGUGUAUUGUCUUAUCUUUAGUACAGUACUUGGCCUGAGUGACAAGAUACUGUGUGAACUUAAUGAAUGUACUGAUUUUUGCUUUAUGAAGUAGCUUUCCUUGUGCAAUAUUACUGUAGAAAAAUAAACCUCCCCCCCCACACACACACACAUGUGCACACACAAUCUGGAGAACCUUUAGCCUUUUUCUUUUCCCCGCAUCAGUAGCCUUAGAGAAGUGAUUGCCAAGCUUCAGUAUAAGAGUCGCUUGUCUCAAUGUGACCUGCAGCCAGACCUGAAUAUGAGGUAUUUAGAAUUUCCUUUACCUCCUCCCUCGUUGCAUUAGUAAUCAGUUCUGCUUGGCCAUAAGGCAGUUUUCCAACUCUCUCUGCUCCCUCUCUUUCCCCCCCUGGUCACAUCACUUGCAUAGGCUCUCAUGUCAUGUAGACUUUAAUUUUUUCCAGCCUCAUACUGUGUUCCAUUCAUUGUGUUAAUAACCAAAUCUCUUUAUUUGCUACAUUGUCAUCACUGUACUUUCCACUCCUGUUUGACUCCCGCGCUGUCUGGAAUGCAGUGUGGUUAAAUUUCAUUCAGAAGACUGGAAUGGAACCUUGACUUAGCCCUUUGCUGGGGAUGAUGCUUUCUGAGCUGAUUUGUCAUUGGAUGCACAAGAGCCAGUCACGUGGAACCGUACAAGGGCAGAAGGACAUGGACCCUAUGGUAUGGAAAAUCCCUGGGGCAUAAUUGAUUUAAACAGUUACCAGUAAGACUCCCUCCAAUUUUACUUCUCUAGCAUACUUCACGGGAACACCAGAGAGCACUUUGCAAAUGAUAAAACCAGAUGAAAUGGAAAAAAGAGAAACAUCAAUGCUAACCAAAUCAUUUUAAAAGGUUGUCUAAGUCUAACUAGCGACUUGCUAUUCAUCUCAGUGUCAAGAGGUGAAAGCGUGCUGGAGAGGUUAUUGUGCUUUGACAUAUUUUCAGUAUAACUAAUGUAGACUUCUGAAGAAAGGCCAGGGCAGUGAUGGCUCUGAGAAUAUUAGCUUUGGAAGCAGGAGAAAUGGAAUCGCCCUCAGAAGAAGCAACUGAGGUGGCUAGAUGAGCACUGCGUUGGAGGAACCCAUCAAGAACAGUUCUUCCUUGUCAGUCUUCAUUCAGAGUCGUAGUAUCGGAAUGAAAACUAUGCCAAGACAAUGAGCAGCUGCCAGUUCCACAGCAGUGAGUGUUAGCAAUAGGCACAAUGGGUUGCUGUCUCCUGCAGGGCUGCUGGGUGUCUGUGUGGCACUAGGGAUACUCUAACAAAAAACAGGAGACCUACUGCGAGGCCUGUCCUUCCUGCAGCUCUCAGACAGACACCUCAUCCCCAUCUCAGGGAUGAAGGAGAAUGUGGAGCUAAUGUGAGGGAGUCGGAACAGCCCCUACCGGAGAAGGACAGGCCCCUAAUGGAUCCCAGAAGGGAAAGGAAAAACAGAACAGACUCUCCACUCCAGAAGACAGGUAAAAACUACUGGAUCCCCCUUCUCCCAGAGGAGAAAACAGGCCCCUGGCAUCUCAAAGGGGAGCAAUAUGAGAGAGAAAAGAAUGAUGGAGGAAGCUGAGAACACCGGGAAAGACCGGGAAAGGGGAAAGAAGAGCUGAGAGGGAGAGAAAAGGUUAAGAAAGAAGGGAGAGAGAAAAAGAAACUGAGAUCAAUGUACCAGGAAGGAAUGUGAGAAAAUAUAGAUGGGGAAGAUAGGGAGAUGACUAAUAAGGAGGUGAAGACAGGGUGAAUCAGAUAGAAGAGAAGCCUGGAGAGAUGCCCUGGGUGCAUUAGAAAUGCCAGAGAGAGAUAGUUGGAUGGAGGAGAGGAAAAUGGGCAGAGAAAAAAGAUAAUUGAAAUGUUCUCAAUGCACAGACAAACUAGACUAAAGAAAAGAGACAGCACAGAGGGGGAAGAAGAAUUCAAUUGAAAAGCUUAAUGUCAAAUGUUAUAAUAAGAUACACAUAAAUGUUAGUUUUUAGGUAUAUGGGGACAUGGUAGUUUAGGGGCUUGGGAACCAUGUUUGGAGAUGGGAUGUGUGAGUGGGGAGCAUGGGGUAGGAGUCUAGCAUUCAUGUGCAUGGGGCUAGAGAUUAAUCCUAGGGGAAGUGGCUUCCCAGUGGUGAUAUUGGACUGGGUGAUGUUUAUACCCACUUUUGCAAUCAUCUUAUGGGAAAUAUGCAAAUAAGUUUGGAGGCCCAAUGGUUUUGAUUGAUACGAACCUCAUUCUGUCUCCAUCUGUGCCAGAACUAGAAAGCUUUUGUGUACAUCUGACACCAGAGACCAUUGGUGGCCAUCACCAAUAACUUAUUGACCCAAAGGUGCAUGUAAAUCUAGACUAAAGCAGAAACAAAACUCUCCCCCAGGACAUCUUUGAAACCAUACAUGUAACAAUAGAAGAGCAGGGGGCCACGGUAACAAACUGCAGGUGUUCAGGCAGAUAAGACUGAAGCUAGGUGAGUCCAUACCAGAUAAACUAAUUAAUGCAAUGUUCCAAACAUUGUGUCCUACAUAAGAGUUCAAUGGGAACACAAAAUCCCAGAACUGCAGAUAUACCCUAGAGUAGUCCCCCAUGCUUUUAGUGGGGCAAGCCAACAGCAGACUGAGAUCUGUUAAAUAACUUAUUCUAUUAGAGGUGGCAGUGGAAUUAGGUGGCUGUUUCCUUCUCAAAAAUCUGUUAAAGGGAUAUGGUAGUUAACAGAAUUUCUCUGGAGAGCCUAGUUUUCCUUACAAACUCAUAUCACUUUAAAAUAAGACAAUACUUUCUCACCAAUGUUCUGGGACUACCCAAGAUGGACAUAUAUGAGGGUGACUAGAUAUUUAAAAACAAGAGGACUGGCAGAGGAUAGCUGGGCAGACAGGUGUUGUUGAUAUUCCAAGCAAAAGAGUAAAGAAAGUGUUUGCAACUUUUGGAAGACAGACCAUUACCCAUGCAAGAGCUUGUCUCAGGGUGUAACAGACCACCAGAACUCUAACCAGGACAAGAUAAUCUUUUGGCUCAUUUAAGAAUAAAAUAGCAUAUAUUGCCCACCUCAGAACUUUUCUAUAAUAACAUAAAGUAUGAAGUUGUUCCAGAUAGAGAGAAAGCCCAGGAAAACUUUAUAGCCAGCAAUCACUCUCCCUCAUCUUCCUGAGCAAACUCAUGGUAUUAAAGAAAGCAAUGGGUGGCAGAAAUCUGCAUUCAUCUCCCCUUGGUAGCAGUAACAUCAGUCAAAUAAUUUGUUGUGGGAUUAUAGAGAUCAACCCACUCUUUACUAAGGAACAGUCUUAGAAUUUAGCAAAUCAGAGGGGGGAGUCUGGAGUUACUUAGAGAGAGCAAUGAAGUAAACUGAGGAUUGCUGGAUAGAAAUAGGAGAAGGUGUGGCAAUGAUGUGAGGAUGAGGAAAAAAAAUUGAAGUGGUGAGAAAAAGUGAUGGCUAGACACAUGAUGUCUAUAAUAGAAGCCACCAAAGAAAUGAUCAAAUGAGAGUUUACACAUAAACAUUAACAUGCUAAGUUAAGCCAAAAGUGAUGUAAAUUCUUAGUGUCACCCACCGAGGAAGUGGCUAACCCAUCAAACAUGAGUUCUUAAAAACCUAUACGGACAUCAGGAUUGUUCUUAGAUGGGUUAGAGUAAAAACAAGAAGUGAACAGGGCUGCAGACAAAAGUGGACAUGUUAAGAGACCGAUCCACAAAGUAAAAAAAAACCAAUAGUGCUGCAUCCUCUAGCUCAAUUAGACAGAUGAGGACCCAUGGCAAAUGCAUAAGGCGCUGGUGAAGUCUCCAUGAAAAGGAUGAUGCCCAUUGAGUCCAGCCAGAUUUCAAUAACUGUAUCAGAAGCCUAUGGAGGAUAAGCAAUCUUUUGUAGCAUUGGGGCUUAUCCCUCAGGCACUGCACUCUUAACAGAGCCAAAGCCAAGUUUCUCCAUUACCAUGUCUGAAUAAGAUAUUCCAGAGCUUAGAGUCAGAUAGCUGGACACUUUUGGGACAUGGCGAAACCUCCAAAAAGAACGUAUGAGAACCAUUAAACCCACAUGACGGCAUUUGGGAGAUGUAGAUGUAGGGUCCCAGACCCUUGCAAAUUGUAGUCAGGGCACCAAGAAAGGAAGCAGAAUCAAAUUGUCUCUACUUUCUCAGGAAAGUCAAAGGAGAACACACUAAGGAUGUGGGGGGCACAAAAGGGGGAGUGAGGAACAUGUUACAAGGUUAUUUUCCAGGCUAGGAUCCUGGCCAAUCUUUUGCCAUCAAUAAAUAUGAGACCCUUGAACAGCAAAACCAGCUUCUAAGAGGAGAGUGACAGGAGAGAAAGCCAUAGCCAUGUUACAUGGCUACAGUGGCCCCAGAAUGUGACACAGCCCCCUCUGCUCUGACACUGAAGUUCAGUUGCUCUUACAAGAAGACAGAGCCUCAUCCUAUACCGAGACAUCUCUCUACAGCUCUCCAUCCCUCGGUGCUCUCCCCUUUCCUCUAUGAGUCUAGAUUGCUCCCACUCCAGAAGACCUUGGAGGUUCAGAAGGUGACACUCUUCCCUCACACUCAGCACAGAACCAAUAGCACAGCUUCAUGCUGAAGGGCUCCAUGCUGUUGGAGGUGUCCUCAUUCACACUUGUGCUUGUUGGAAAAAAAAAACUCCUGUCAUUUUUUGCAGCAGGAGGGAUGUUAGCUCUCGCCAAAUUUUUAUGAGGGAAAUUACAUCCUAUCUAAAUUCUCCCAGAAGUUUCAGUUGUAUGUGAUAUUAUUCCUCACUUGAUGUCCUAAACUGUUGUGUCGUACUAAUACGUGUGUAAUUAAAAAGUUGCUAUGGUCAACUUCAGCGGUGGCUGCAUUUCAGCUAUGACGUGAUUCCUGUAUGUACUGUGUAUAGUUUGUGUUUCACUUUGAGGGAUGGAAGGUCAUGCAUAAGUAUCAGAUUAUCAACGCCUCCAAACCAGCCCAUUGAGCAAACCGCACCAGGAUUCUUUGCAGCUAUUCAACAUGAGGGAUGAAACUAAAUGGACUAAAUAGCCUCUGAUUUCAACCCUUAAAGCUGGCAAAAAGAUACACAAAUAAAUCCAAGGCAUUGCAGAAAACAAACCAAGAACCUACCAGCAUCAGGAUUUAAAGUGGCUCAUAUCAAACAUAAGUUCUGAUAAGCGUAAGAAACAAAUAAAACAUUCACAGUGAUGGUCAAAUGAUAAAUGAAAUGAGCGGAAAACUGAAAACUUAAUCAAAACCAACCCGCAUGGGGAAAUUACAAAUUAACUAGAGGGAGCUAAAAACUGGUUCGUUACUGGGCAAGUCAAAGUUAUCACAAAGGAAGCCAAACAGCCGCUGCCUUGGAUUGGUCAACAAGCUUUUAAGUUACUCCACCAAAGCAAUGGCUUUCUUUGCUUGUGGGACCAAAAUCACAUUGUGGGUUGUCUAUUGAGUAGCCCUUCUCCAUCCUCUCUUCUCACCCUUCUCAUCUUCCCUUUCUACUCCUCACUCCAACUCCUCCCUCAUCACUUGACUGGCUGUAGGCAGUUCUCAUCAUGGUGUUUCAAUUUCUUGUUGGCUCAGAGGGUGCAGACUGCCAUGUUAACCUUCCAUAAAACUGUGUAUAAAAGACUUAGCAUGUUAGUCAAACAAACAAUAAAUUGACUUCUUCUCAAA